AUGGAGGUGGAGCCGGCGAGGAGGGACGCGGCAGCGCUGGACCCGGAGCUGCUGCAGCUGGCGGAGCUCGCGCCGGGCGCGCUUCGCGAGAACUCCAUAAUAGCUGACGCGCUCUACUCGCAGUGGCUCGUGCUACCCGAGACGACCAAGCUGGUAAAGUCUUUGAUUGAGGAUGCAAAGACUGGUGCCGUGCUUAAUGUUGCUGGAAGCUCGGCUAGCACAAAUGCUGCUUCAAGUGGUUCUCUACCGUCGAUGUUUCCUGCUGGUAGUGCUCCACCACUUUCUCCUAGGAGCACUUCUGGUUCCCCCCGUGUUAUGAGACGAGGAUCUGGAGCUGGACCAUCGUCCUUGGGUUCUCCAUUAAAAUUAGUUAGUGAACCAGUGAGAGAAGUUAUACCUCAGUUUUACUUCAAGAAUGGGCAUCCUCCUACAAAAGAUUUGAAGGAGCAGUGCUUAUCAAGAACAGAUCACCUAUUUUUUGGUGGGGAGGGACUUCAGAUUCAAGAAUUCAGAUCGGUCACAAAGGACAUAUGUAAACUUCCUUCAUUCUUCUCUAGUGUCCUUUUCAAGAAAAUUGAUGUUGCAUGCACCGGAACUGUCUCAAGGGAUGCAUUUGUGGAGUACUGGAUCAAUGACAAUAAGAUUACAAUGGAUAUGGCUAGUCAAAUAUUUGAAAUAUUAAGAAAGCCGGGUUACACAUAUCUCACUCAGGAUGACUUCAAGCCUGUCCUGAAAGAACUACUGGCAACUCACCCUGGCUUAGAGUUUUUACAAGGGACCCCCGAAUUUCAGGAGAGAUAUGCGGAGACUGUAAUAUAUAGAAUCUUUUACUCCAUAAAUAGAUCUGGGAAUGGCCAUCUGACUCUGAGAGAGCUCAAACGUGGAAAUUUAAUUGCUGCACUUCAGCAGUUAGAUGAGGAGGAAGAUAUCAACAAAGUGUUGAGAUACUUCUCAUAUGAGCACUUUUAUGUGAUCUACUGUAAAUUCUGGGAGCUGGAUACAGAUCACGAUUUUUUGAUUGAUAAGGAAAAUCUCAUCAGAUAUGGAAAUCAUUCGUUGACCUAUAGAAUAGUUGAUAGAAUUUUCACACAGAUCCCAAGGAAAUUCACAAGCAUGUCAGAAGGAAAGAUGGGUUAUGAAGACUUUGUUUACUUUAUAUUAUCAGAGGAAGACAAAUCAUCUGAGCCUAGCCUUGAAUACUGGUUUAAGUGCAUCGAUCUUGAUGGUAAUGGUAUUUUAACUUCCAAUGAAAUGCAAUUUUUCUAUGAGGAGCAAUUGCACCGAAUGGAGUGCAUGGCACAGGAGCCUGUGCUUUUUGAGGACAUAUUAUGCCAGAUGAUUGAUAUGAUUGGACCAGAGAAUGAGAGCUAUUUCACUCUACGGGACUUAAAACGGUGUAAACUCUCAGGAAAUAUAUUCAAUAUUCUUUUCAAUCUCAACAAGUUCAUGGCGUUUGAAACUCGUGAUCCAUUCCUCAUUCGCCAGGAACGUGAAAAUCCAACUCUAACUGAGUGGGAUCGGUUUGCGCAUAGAGAAUAUAUUAGAUUGUCCAUGGAAGAAGAUGGUGAGGAUGCUUCAAAUGGAAGUGGUGAUGUCUUGCUGCAUGAAUUUGGUUGGACAUGGAUGAUUAUGGUUGUGAAGCGGAAGAAUUGUAAAGUUGGUGGCUACCCUGUGGAGGCUAUUGUAGACUCAGCAGAUUCAGUAACACCAAAGACUACUUAUAAGUUUUACUGUGCAGAUCUGAUUCGAUAUUUGUCAGUUAUCCUGUUGUGCAAACAUUUUUGCUUGGCUGGAAAAUUGGGGAGGGAGGUUGGUGGGCGCCCUGCAGUUUCAAGGCAACAACCUCAGCAGUCACAAAUGAUACUAUAG